CAUGCAGCCACGCAUGUGCAUGCAGGAGCCCAUGGCCAGGCUGUGACCCAGGACGUGCGAGUGUGUCCCGCACUGCUGGCCCAGCCCAGCUGGCAGCUGGCAGGACGCAGGGGCAGGGGUGUCCCCUUCCUGGCAGGAAAGGGGCUGAGCCGGCGGCUGCAGGUUUCCUGUAGGCUCAGGCUCUGAGGGCGUCAGGAGCCAGAGCAGCCUAAGCAGCACCACGCGGGCCCACGGCAGGUUGAUGAAGAGGGAGUGCUGUGACCCUGUGCCCGUGACAGUCGUUUCAGGGCCCCCGGUGCCCGUGCCGGCCGCCCCGCCGCGCCGCACGGAGCAUGCCUCUGAGCCCCGCCGGCAGCAAGCAUGAGAGCCCGGAGUCGCCGCCGCCAGAGCCGCCGCCGCCGCCGGAGCGACAGCCCCGCGCCGCCGCCGCCGCCGCCGCCGGGGAGCCGGGCGCCGGCCUGCGGGAGGAGACGCGGCUCGACCCGGCCCGGGGCCCCGGCGGGCCCCGCUCCCCCAAGCUGGCAGCCCCGGCGCGCAUGGAGGAGCCCGCGCCCGGCGCCAUCGUCGUCCGCAUCGGCAUCCCCGACCUCCAGCAGACGAAGUGUCUGCGGUUGAAUCCAGAUGUUCCUGUGUGGGUGUCCAAGCAGCGCAUUCUGUGCACUCUCAACCACAGCCUGAAGGAUGUUCUCAACUAUGGGCUCUUCCAGCCAGCCUUCAACGGCAGGGCUGGGAAGUUCCUGGAUGAGGAGCGUCUACUGCGGGAGUACCCCCUGAAUCCAGACACUCCUGUCCCCUACCUGGAGUUCCGGUACAAAAGGCGUGUGUACACCCAGACUUUGCUGGAUGACAAGCAGUUUGCCAAACUCCAUACAAAGGCAAAUCUGAAGAAGUUCAUGGAGUACGUGCAAAUGCUAAACGCGGAGAAGGUCUGCAGACUGCUGGAGAAGGGACUGGACCCCAACUUCCAUGACCCGGAUACUGGAGAGUGUCCCCUGACUGCAGCGGCUCAGCUGGAACUUGGUGCCGAGAUGAUCAAAGCACUGCGCAAUGGGGGAGCACACCUGGAUUUCCGGACACGGGAGGGAAUGACAGCUCUUCACAAGGCUGUGCGGUGCCGCAACCAUGCGGUGCUGCUGACGCUGCUGGACCUGGGUGCCUCCCCAGACUACAAGGACAGCCGAGGGCUGACGCCCCUGUACCACAGUGCCAUGGUCGGGGGGGAUCCCUACUGCUGUGAGCUCCUGCUGCAUGACUACGCCCGGCUGGGCUGCGUGGAUGAGAACGGCUGGCAGGAGAUCCACCAGGCAUGUCGCUACGGCCAUGUUCAGCACCUGGAGCAUCUUCUCUUCUAUGGAGCUGAUAUGACUGCACAGAAUGCCUCAGGAAAUACCGCUCUUCAUAUUUGUGCUCUCUAUAACCAGGAGAGCUGUGCUCGGGUUCUCCUCUUCCGUGGUGCGAGCAAAGAGAUUCGCAACUACAACAGCCAGACGGCAUUCCAGGUGGCCAUCAUUGCAGGAAAUUUUGAAUUGGCUGAAAUCAUCAAAACCCACAAAGAAUCCGAUGUUGUGCCUUUCAGAGAAACUCCCAGCUAUACAAAGCGGAGACGGAUCCUCGGUGCUGGCGGCCUUGCUUCACCGCGCAUGCUGCAGCGCUCGGCCAGCGACAACAACCUGAAGGCAGAGAGCCGGGCGUCCUACUCACCAGUGCCCUCGCUGCGCAGCCUGCCCCCCCAGCUGCUGGUGCAGAUGCAGGAGGCUGCAGCAGGGGCCGGCGAGGAUGGGGAGCAGAAUAAUGACAGCGCUGGUGCUCCCGCGGGCCGCGGCGGGCCGAGCCACGAGCUGCCGGGCAUCAGCACCGUAACCUACGUCUUCGUUUACAGCCCCGGCGGCCCGGCGGGCCCCCCCGGGCCCGGGCCCGGCCCCGAGCCCGCGCCGCACGCCGCGCCCGCCCCGCUGCGCGGGCCCAAGCGGAAGCUGUACAGCGCCGUGCCCGGCCGCAAGUUCAUCGUGGUGAAGAGCUACGCGCCGCAGGGCGAGGGCGAGAUCCAGCUCAACCGGGGCGAAGCCGUCAAGGUGCUGAGUAUUGGCGAAGGUGGCUUUUGGGAAGGAACUGUGAAAGGAAGGACUGGCUGGUUCCCAGCAGAAUGUGUUGAGGAGGUGCAGAUGCGACAGUAUGAUCCACGACAAGAAACCAGAGAAGACAGGACAAAGCGUCUCUUCCGACAUUAUACUGUGGGCUCUUACGACAAUUUCACCUCUCACAGUGACUACAUCAUUGAGGAGAAGACGGCCGUGCUGCAGAAGAGGGAGCAUGAGGGAUUCGGGUUUGUGUUGCGAGGGGCCAAAGCUGAAACCCCAAUUGAGGAGUUCACCCCAACCCCAGCCUUCCCAGCGCUCCAGUACCUGGAAUCAGUGGAUGUGGAAGGCGUUGCUUGGAGAGCAGGGCUUCGCACAGGAGACUUUCUGAUUGAGGUGAAUGGUGUGAACGUGGUGAAGGUGGGGCACAAGCAGGUGGUCUCGCUCAUCCGGCAAGGGGGGAAUCACCUGGUGAUGAAAGUUGUUUCCGUCAGCCGCAAGCCAGAAUCAGAAGAAGUUGUUCGGAAAAAGGCUCCGCCGCCUCCCAAGAGAGCGCCCAGCACCACCCUGACGCUGCGGUCCAAGUCCAUGACAGCCGAGCUGGAGGAGCUGGCCUCCAUGCGGAGAAGAAAAGGGGAAAAACUGGAUGAGAUUUUGGCAGCAGCCGAGCCCUCACUGAGAGCAGACAUUGUCGAAGCAGAUUCUAGGGCAGCCACUGUGAAGCAGCGACCAACAAGCCGGCGCAUCACGCCAGCAGAAAUCAGUUCACUCUUUGAACGCCAGGGUAUGGCAGCACAUUCGGGGGUCCUUGCAGGAGCUGAUAAGCCCCAUGUUUCACUACGCAAAGGAAUUCCGAGGACAAAAUCUGUAGGUGAAGACGAGAAACUUGCUGCUUCUUUGCUAGAUGGGAAGUUUCCCCGGAGCACAUCGAUGCAAGACACUGUUAGGGAAGGGCAUGGGAUUCCACCACCACCUCAAACAGCCCCACCCCCACCUCCUUCUCCAUAUUACUUUGACACAGGCCCCCCGCCAUCCUUCUCACCACCUCCACCCCCAGGAAGAGCUUAUGAUACCAUAAGAUCAAGCUUUAAGCCAAGCCUGGAGGCUAAGCUCCACGGACUCCCACAGGUCAUUAGCGCAGCUGAGAUGUAUGAUCAGGCGAGGACUUCCAUUCCUUAUCCUGAAAGGCAGAAGAGGGCCCGAUCCAUGAUAAUCCUACAGGAUUCCUCUCAUCUUCCUGUGGAGCCAACAGAGAUCCCCCGGCCUGGCCCAUCCGCAACCCCUCCAGAGAAGCUAAAGAGGAAGGGGAGAGUGAUUGACAACCCUUAUGCCAACAUGGGUCAGUUCAAUGUCAGCCUCUUUGCUCCCACCAAGCCACAGAGGAAGAAGAGUCCUCUUGUUAAGCAGUUACAAGUAGAGGAUGCACAGGAGCGAGCAGCACUGUCCAUCACUGGAGGCUUUACAAGGGAGCCCUCUCCCACGCGCAGGAGCCAUCGCCUGAGUGGCGUGGAAUAUCAGCACCACACAGGCAUUGCUCAGGUUGAAGCCACAAGCAUCCCCUUUGCCACUGCCAUUGCUGGAGUCAUGAAGGACAGAGACCGGCGUCUGGAUGAGAAGCGGAAAUCCACUGUCUUCCUCUCAGUUGGGGCCAUCGAAGGAAGCCCCCCCAGCAGUGACAUGCCAUCCUUACAGCAGUCCAGGUCUAUCGAUGAGCGGUUGUUAGGAAGCCGAGAUGUACUACUGCCUUCCCCUGUCUCAGCUUUAAAGCCAUUAAUUAGCAGCUCAUCCUCAACGUUCAUCCACCCCCUCACAGGAAAGCCCUUGGAUCCAAACUCACCACUGGCGCUUGCGCUGGCCGCAAGGGAACGGGCCCUCUCAACUCAAGUCCCAUCCCGGUCGCCCACCCCGAUCCACAGCCCAGACUCAGACAGAGCAGCACCCCUGUUUGUGGACAUCCAAACCAAAGAACCAGAGAGGGGGGAGUUGGAGAGUUUAGUGUCCCCUGCGUAUUCACCUGGAGGCAAAGGGGCAAUUGGAACGGACUCUGGGACUUUGGCCCCUACUAAGACCCCGUGGGGGACUCCGUCCACACUGAGAAAAGAAACUGAGGCAAGAGCAGAAACACCUGUGAAGGAGGAGAAAAAACAAGAAGACAAGAAGUCCAUGAUUAUUAGUAUAGUGGAUACAUCACAGCAGAAGACUGCUGGCCUUAUCAUGGUUCACGCCACAAGUAAUGGCCAAGACGAGGUAGGACUUGAGGUAAAAGAGGAGAAACCAGCUGUCCCUGAAGCAUGCACAGAGCCAGCAGAGUCUCCCAAAGUAGAGACCCAGCCCAGUCCCGUGGGGAAGCCACCAGUCAGUCCAGCCUCUGACAAGACACUGGGACAAGGGAGUUCAGAGGAAGAAGUGGAGCCCUACACGGUUACCCUCCCACCAGCUCAGUUGUCUUCAAGUGAUGAAGAGACCAGGGAGGAGCUGGCCAAGAUAGGGCUGGUGCCUCCACCAGAUGAGUUUGCAAACGGGGUACUAGUCACCACCCCUGGCACACCAGUCAGCCACCUGGCUACGCCUAGCACGCCAUCCAUACCAGCGGCAGCAGUAGCACCUUCUACCACUGGCGGAACACCCUCAGGGAAGCCCUCUGAUGCCCCCGUAGCCCCAGAGUCUGCUGCAGACUCAGGAGUGGAAGAGGUGGACACCAGAAGUUCAAGUGACCAUCACCUGGAGACCACAAGCACCAUCUCUACGGUCUCCAGCAUGUCUACGUUGUCCUCAGAAAGCGGGGAGCCUACUGACACAUACACUUCCUUUGCGGAUGGACAAACUUUUAUACUCGAGAAGCCACCAGUGCCUCCAAAGCCAAAACUCAAGUCCCAGCUCAGCAAGGGGCCGGUUACUUUCAGGGACCCACUUUUGAAGCAGUCUUCGGACAGCGAGCUCAUCUCCCAGCAACAUGCGGCCACUCUGGCAUCAGCCAGCAUUGGCCGGCCACGCUACCUCUUUCAGAGAAGGUCCAAGCUAUGGGGGGACCCCAUGGAGAGCAGGCCAAUCCAUGGGGCUGAUGAUGACAAGCCAACUGUGAUCAGUGAGCUAAGUUCCCGACUACAGCAACUGAAUAAGGAUACACGAUCACUGGGGGAGGAACCUGCCGGGUCCACGUUAGAUCCCGGGAAGAAGUCACCGGUGGUCGCGGCACGACUUUUCAGUAGUUUAGGAGAACUCAGCACCAUUUCCCAGCGGAGCUCCGGGACCACCUACACAGUUCGACCUGGCAGUCGCUACCCUGUAACCCGACGUACCCCCAGCCCCGUGAAGCCGGCUCUGGAUCGGACAGAGCCCCUCAGCACCGUGCGGCCCUAUGGUCUGACCCCUCCCACCAUCCUCAAAUCUUCCAGCCUCUCCAUCCCACAUGAGCCCAAGGAGGUGCGUUUUGUGGUGAGGAGCGUGAGCGCCCGGAGCCGCUCCCCGUCCCCGUCCCCCUCUCCAGGGCCGCCCCUGCACACCCUCCACCCACCAAGGCCCUUCAUGCAGAAACCCCUCCACCUGUGGAACAAGUACGACGUCGGGGACUGGCUGGAAAGCAUCAACUUGGUGGAGCACCGAGACAAGUUUGAGGACCAUGAAAUAGAGGGCACACACCUGCCCGCCCUCACCAAGGAGGACUUUGUGGAGUUGGGGGUGACACGGGUCGGGCACCGUAUGAACAUUGAGCGGGCACUCAAGCAGCUGGUAGACAGCUGA